AUGAAAAACGACUACGAACAUGACGAUGAUGAAGCUAUCGAGCAAAGUGACGACAGCAAGGAGGAAUCCGCAUUCAAUCUGGAACAUAUUUCGGACGAAAUAGGAAUAGACAAACCGGGUUGGAAAUCGUGGCUUGACGAAUUGUAUGGUGCUGCAGGAUAUGAAAUGGCCGAGAAAUAUGAUGCGGGAUAUGAAAUGGGCGAGAUGUCCAAAGAUGAAAAAAUCCCAGCUGAUAACGACUGGACCGUUCGUGAGGAAUGGGAAGGACUUAACAAGAACGCAAAACGGAAGGUUGAAACAGGCAUUCCCAUUUUUGGAGGCACGGUCACUACCUCUACGAGGAACAUCCAGCGGUUGGAUGUGAAGUGCAAUGUUACUCAUUUAGCGCAGUAUCUCUUGGAAAAGAACCAAGCUAUUUGCUAA